GGCUUGGAGAAGUAUGUCAUGACAAAGUUGUUCUCUAGAACAUUUGUUUCUUCUCCAGACGAUGCAAAGAUUAACCAUGAAAUUUCAGAAAAAAUAAGCUUGUUGCAGAACUUUUUGAGGCCUGAGCAUUUGGAUAUCCUACCAACUUUUCAUAACGAAGCUUCAUGGCUGGUAUGCUUUCAGCUUUUAUCAAUGCUUGAAUAA